AUGGAAGACAAAUCCAAUUCGUUCUCCAGCGCCAAAGAGGAGAAGGCGGAUGGGAAUAAUGUUUUUCAGAGGCAAGACUCCAUACAGAAAAACAGCACGGGAAGCCAGAACAUGAAGGACCAUGGCAACUCCGUGAGCUUCAAGGGGGAGCGGGAAGAGGCCAUGGUCGGUUUUGACGACUUGGAAGGGGCGUCCAGGCAAUACGGGUUUAUGCAGAGGCAGUUUGGGGCCAUGAUGCAGCCUGGAGUCAAUAAGUUCUCCUUGCGUAUGUUCGGCAGUCAGAAAGCCGUGGAGAAAGAGCAGGAGAGGGUGCAAACGGCCGGAUACUGGAUCAUUCAUCCAUAUAGCGAUUUUAGGUUCUACUGGGACUUGAUAAUGCUCAUCAUGAUGAUGGGGAAUCUAAUCAUCAUUCCUGUGGGAAUAACCUUCUUCUCAGAGCAGACUACCACAACCUGGCUGGUCUUCAAUGUGGCCUCGGACACCAUCUUCCUGGUGGACUUGGUCAUGAACUUCAGGACGGGGAUCGUCAACGAGGAGAGCUCCGAGAUCAUCCUCGACCCAAAGGUCAUCAAGAUGAAUUACCUGAAGAGCUGGUUUGUUGUGGACUUCCUCUCGUCCAUUCCAGUGGAUUAUAUCUUUUUAAUAGUAGAGAAAGGUUUUGACUCGGAGGUAUAUAAGACAGCCCGUGCCCUUCGUAUCGUCCGCUUCACCAAGAUCCUCAGCCUCCUGCGUCUGUUAAGACUGUCUCGACUCAUCAGAUACAUACAUCAGUGGGAGGAGAUUUUCCAUAUGACCUAUGACCUGGCUAGUGCUGUGGUAAGAAUAUUUAAUUUGAUAGGGAUGAUGCUGCUUCUGUGUCACUGGGAUGGCUGCCUCCAGUAUCUGGUACCUCUCUUACAAGACUUCCCCCCUGACUGCUGGGUGUCCCUAAAUGGUAUGGUUAAUGUUUCGUGGGGUAAGCAGUACUCUUACGCCCUCUUCAAAGCCAUGAGCCACAUGCUGUGCAUUGGGUACGGUGCCCGGGCGCCCGUCAGCAUGUCCGACCUGUGGAUCACCAUGCUGAGUAUGAUUGUAGGCGCCACAUGCUACGCCAUGUUUGUGGGCCACGCCACUGCCCUAAUCCAAUCACUGGACUCCUCGCGGAGGCAGUAUCAAGAGAAGUACAAGCAAGUGGAGCAAUACAUGUCCUUCCACAAGCUUCCUGCAGACAUGCGGCAGAAAAUCCACGACUACUACGAGCAUCGCUACCAAGGCAAAAUCUUCGAUGAGGACAACAUUCUCAGUGAGCUCAACGACCCACUCAAAGAGGAAAUUGUCAACUUUAAUUGCCGUAAGCUUGUUGCCACCAUGCCUCUGUUUGCCAACGCCGACCCCAACUUUGUUACGGGGAUGCUGAGCAAGCUGAAGUUUGAGGUCUUUCAACCCAAUGACUACAUUAUCCGAGAAGGCACAGUAGGGAAGAAGAUGUACUUCAUUCAGCAUGGUGUUGCCAGUGUCAUUACCAAGUUCAACAAGGAGAUGAAGCUGACUGACGGAUCUUAUUUUGGAGAGAUCUGUCUGCUCACCAAGGGCAGGCGAACAGCCAGCGUACGUGCAGACACCUACUGUCGCCUGUUCUCCCUCUCUGUUGACCAUUUCAAUGAGGUUCUAGAAGAGUACCCAAUGAUGCGUCGGGCUUUUGAAACCGUCGCCAUUGAUCGAUUGGACCGCAUCGGGAAGAAGAACUCAUUGCUGCUACAGAAGUUUCAGAAGGAUCUGAACGCUGGCGUGUUCAACACACAGGAGAACGAGAUAUUGAAGCAGAUUAUCCGCCAGGACAGGGAGAUGGUGAUGAUGGUGGACCGCAAGCAGUCAGUCACCGGGAUGAACUCAACACCAAUGUCAGGAAAUUCCAUCAUUAACUCGCCAGCCCAGCCGCCGUUCUCUACCGCCUUUGGAACCAAUCAGCUUCAGCAGUCCUCCGUACCUUUGACCUACAGUGCUUCAGCCAUCGCUAAUGCCUCCGCCGCCCGCAUCCUGCCAGCUGCAGCCGCCGCUGCUGCUGCGGCUGCUGCGCAGGGGGUUUACCCCGCUUCUAGUAUUUCUCAUGGCAACCUUAAUUCCUCCUCAACCAAUUCACAGACCCCACUCCAGCAGCAAGCAGCAAUCAUGUCACCCUGCUCCUUCACGGCUGCCAUGUGCAGCCCCCCUGUGCAGACCCCAAUGGGGAGUCGGAGCUUCCAGUACAGCUCGCCCACAGCCUCCCAGCUGUCACUUAUUCAGCAACCCAUUGCUCAACCAUCUCUACCCACACAACAGCUUUCCCAGCAACACGCUGUGUCAAGUGCAGCCACAGCCUCUGCAACACAGCAGCCGCCGCCGCAGCAGCACCAGCAGCAGCAACAUUCACCUCAACAGCAGCAGGUCCCUUCACCCCAGCGGGGAGACAUCCACAAGAGCACACAGGCUCUCCAGCCAGGCAGCUUAAGUCGAGACGUCCGACACUUGUCGGCCUCCCAACCGUCCCUGCCGCAUGACGCAUCUCUCGGGCCCAGAGCGCACCCAGCCUCAGGAGACUCUCUGGCCUCCAUCGUGCCACCAACAGCGGCAGCGGCGGUGAUCCAGGGAAUGAAUCUGCAGAGCGGUAUCCGCACCACAGUGCCCCAGCGGAUGAAUUUAUUCCGCCAGAUGUCAUCGGGAGCCUUGCCUCCAGUGCGUUCAUCAGCGGCAGCGGCGGCAGCGGCAUCCGUGGCAGCAGCAGUGGCAGCUUCAUCGUCCGCUUUGCCGUCUGCCGCCUCCUCAUCCUCAGUCCAACACAGGGAAUCCCCCGGGUCUAGAAGAGAUUCUGUCUUGAGCAGUACAGAGACUGAACAAGAAAAAGUGCGUUUUGCAUCAAAUUUAUGAUCACAUUUUAUCUCUUUAUUUUUUGUUUGAACUUCAGUACGCUUUAAAUCAUUUUUUUAAAUGGAGAUACGACAAAAGAGACAAAAGUGAUGGAACUUCAGCAGGUUUUUUUUUUGUUUCUCUCCAGUUUUCUUCUGAAAUAACCUCAUAGAAUUCCUGUACAUACGAGCAGUUGUAUUAUAUUUUAGGCACAUUUUCUCCCCAAACUUAAGAAUGUAUAUUCUACAGAUACAUUUCUUCUUUUGUCGCCAUAUUAGAAAUAUAUAUAGUAUGUGUGUGGGUGUGUAUGUAUGUGUGUGAGUGCACACACGUGUGAGUGU